GGAGAAGUGGGAUCAGUCCACAGUUGUUUGCUUUAUCUUUACAGCACAGCAGGAACAAAGCUUAGCUUCCUAGACUCUAAUGAACCAACUUAUCAAAGAUGAUAAGAAACGUACUGGAACAUGAGGUCUCCACAGACGUGGAUUGUCAGAAUAGAGUCUCUGUGGACAUGUUCUUGCAUCUUUCACUCAUACCAGCAGCGUUGAUUGCAGGGGUGCUAUCGUUCCUUCAAAAAAGAGCCCAGAGGCUGGCCAUUGACCACAGACUGCCAUUCCUGGAUCAACGUUUUGCUAUAGUCGUGCCUUUGGAUACUAUCGGCAGCCUCAGUAAUCGCUGGUCUUAUGGCUUUGCCUUUGGUGCAGUGUCGAGCAAUGUCUUGCUCCUCUUCUCUGAAAGCUACCUCCCCAUUACUGUUCCAUCCUGGGCCAGAGCUUUUGUGUACCUGAUUGGUGCUUUAGAGGUGGGUAUGGUGUAUUUCCCUUUCUUUGCCUGUCUGUCCACGCCAUUCAGAAUGACCGGGGCACUGCUGGGAAUACUCUACUCCCUGUUUUGGAUCGGAAUUACAGCCUGGGAUAUAGCCACUUGUCCCAGUGGUGAGAUACUGGGCAAAUACCAGAAGGUGAUUUCCCAGUGGCCUCGUAUGCUCUCCCUCGUCUUCCUCCUUGGACGAUUCAUUUACAUUCUGGUGAAAGCUAUUCGAAUAUGUCUGCACACGGAACAAGAGGACUCUGAAGAGCUGACUGAGCAACACCAAGUUCAGCAUGUUAAGAGACUGAUGAGAAAGACACCUGGACAAAGUAAGCCACUCACCUGGUUCCAGAGGCGAGUUUAUGAGUGGGAUCCCUAUUUCAAGUUUCCCAGCAGAAUAAUUGGCACUGUCGUAAUAUCUCUUAUAGGUCUAUAUACGAUGACAAUAGCAGACUACAGUCUCAGUAAUUCUGCUUUUGACAAAAUUGCCACGUGGAAAAAUACACUUAAAGACGUGGUUACCUCUUGUAACCAGACAGAAUCCCUGGGAUACAUGAUACCUCAGCUGGAAGAAUUUAUUGACGUGGCCCGGAAGUGUUGGCUAACCACGACCAUCUUUGCCAGUUUCAACUCUGUUGCCUACACAUUCCAUGUUUUGGCAUGUUACAGAAAACACUUAAGGAGGCUCUGGAAAGGACAGAAAUUUUUUCUUCCUGAGAAGUUUCAUAAACCUAAAUCUGCUGUCAGUGUAGCUUCCAUUGCGAGAUACUCUGGCUGGCAAAUAGCUUUUACACUGUGGGGCUACCUGAUUGUCCAUUUUGUUCACUUCCUGUUUGCUCUGCUGCUGGCCUAUGUGCUGAUUCUUCCUAUAAUGCAUGGGAAAGUGCUUACUAUGCUGUCCACCCUAGGAACCAUACUUCUGACCGUCAGCAUUAUAAUCGGCCUGGUGAUUCUCCAAAUAGUUUUGGUUCAGAUCUUCUUCCUUCAGGACAAAAUGGAUCCCAAAGAUAAAGAGAAACCUUUGGCUCUCAACAACAGGAAGGCGUUUCAUUGCUUCAACUACUUCUUCUUUUUCUACAAUGUGGUGAUGGGGAUGACCACCUGCAUAGUGAGGCUUCUUUUCAGCAUUGUGGUGGGAACAUGGCUGGUGUCUCGCAUAGACCGAACUAUAAUGCAGAGGGGAUAUGAAACCAUGGAUGCUGGCUACAGUACGUGGAUUGGGAUGAUCUUUGCUGACCAUUAUCACAACAACCCAGUCCUGGUAUCUUUCUGUCAGGUGCUGAUCUCCAACACACUGGAGAGACACAAUGCAUCUACCUACUCCACAUUCAACAAUACUCCAUCAGCAUCCCCUGCGAACAGUCAGGCCAGGAGACGCUGGGCUUUGCUUUAUACCUUACUGAGGAACCCUCCCCUGAUCCUGCUAAGAAAGCACCACCUCUCCUCAUCUUCUUCAUCAUCAUCUCCCCCAUUAGACACAGUGCUACAGGCUUUUAUUAUGGCAUCUCAAACUCAGAGGCAGCAGACAUUGUCAGAGCCACUACCAGAGAUUCAAUUAUCACCAGGAGAAGACUGUUAAUAACUGACUUCAUUUGAAAAUCAAAGUCAAAGUCUCUUAAUUAUUAUAAAUAUAGUGGUUCAUAAAAAAAAAUAUAUAUAUAAAAUGUAAUCCAAAAGGAAUGUAGAGGCCUUCAAUGGAGAUGUUGUAUGUAUAACUAUGCUGUUUUCAGUUUGUUUUCUCUGCACUUACAUCUGACUGAAAAGAUAUCAUCUAGAUCAGUGAUCCUCAAAUCCAGGCCUCGAGAGCCCCUGUCCUGCAGAUUUUAGAUGUGCCCCUGAUCCAACACACCUGAAUCAAAUGGCUGAAUUACCUC